GGGGAGGAGAUCCGCUCACACACAAGAGGAGAGGCUUGAGCCGCCAUAUCUGCUGCCGCUGCCGCAGCUGCGAAUGCAGUGUCGGUACUUCGCUGUCUCUGCGCUGCCACUAAGGUCCUCAGAUGAUGGAUACGGGUAGCAGCAGCAGCGACUCAGCGCCCGACUGCUGGGACCAGGUGGACAUGGAAGCAGUGGGUUCAGCCCCUGGCGGGGACCUACCCUCUUCAGCAGCGGUGGCCGAGGCCCAGCGUGAGCACCUCAGCUCGGCCUUCAGCCGUCAGCUGAACGUCAACGCCAAACCCUUCGUGCCUAAUGUACAUGCCGCGGAGUUCGUGCCGUCCUUCCUGCGGGGCCCGGCCCAGCCGCAGACCCCCCCUGCGGACACCACCAGCAUUGACGAAACCUGCACCGGCGCCGGCACACCUGAAGGUAAAAGGCUGGGACUGGGGGCACCUGUGGAACAUGCCAAAGAGGAGCAGAGAAUGUUGUGUGAAGGCUCCAAUUCAGCCGUCACCAUGGAACUUUCUGAACCUGUUAUAGAAAAUGGAGAGGUGGAGAUGGUUCUAGAGGAGUCAUGGGAGCACAAUAAAGAAAUGAGUGAAGCCGAGCCAGGGGGUUGUUCAUUGGGAGAUGCAGGGCCCCCAGAAGAAAGUGGCCAGGAAAUGAUGGAGAAAGAGGAAAUGAGAAAAUCUAAAUCUGUGGUCCUACUCUCAGGUGCUCCUAAAAAAGAACAGGUAAAUGUUGUAGUCACUGGGCACGUAGAUGCUGGCAAGUCAACCAUUGGAGGACAGAUAAUGUUUUUGACAGGAAUGGUUGACAAAAGGACACUUGAGAAAUAUGAAAGAGAAGCUAAAGAAAAAAACAGAGAAACUUGGUAUUUGUCCUGGGCCUUAGAUACAAAUCAAGAAGAACGAGACAAGGGUAAAACAGUAGAGGUGGGUCGUGCCUAUUUUGAAACAGAAAAGAAACAUUUCACAAUUCUAGAUGCCCCUGGCCAUAAGAGUUUUGUCCCAAAUAUGAUUGGUGGUGCUUCUCAAGCUGAUUUGGCUGUACUGGUCAUUUCUGCCAGGAAAGGGGAGUUUGAAACUGGCUUUGAAAAAGGUGGACAGACAAGAGAACAUGCUAUGUUGGCAAAGACAGCAGGUGUAAAGCAUUUAGUAGUGCUCAUUAAUAAGAUGGAUGAUCCCACAGUAAAUUGGAGCAGCGAGAGAUAUGAAGAAUGUAAAGAAAAACUGGUGCCCUUUUUGAAAAAAGUUGGCUUCAGUCCCAAAAAGGACAUUCACUUUAUGCCCUGCUCAGGGCUAACUGGGGCAAAUAUUAAAGAGCAAUCAGAUUUCUGCCCCUGGUACACUGAAUUACCAUUUAUUCCGUAUUUGGAUAACCUGCCAAACUUCAACAGAUCAAUUGAUGGACCAAUUAGACUGCCAAUUGUGGAUAAGUACAAGGAUAUGGGUACUGUGGUCCUGGGCAAGCUGGAAUCAGGAUCCAUUUUUAAAGGCCAGCAGCUUGUGAUGAUGCCAAACAAGCACAAUGUGGAAGAAGAGAUUCUUCCAGGAUUUAUACUUUGUGACCCUAAUAAUCUUUGCCAUUCUGGACGCACAUUUGAUGUUCAGAUAGUGAUUAUUGAGCACAAGUCCAUCAUCUGUCCAGGUUAUAAUGCGGUGCUGCACAUUCAUACUUGUAUUGAGGAAGUAGAGAUAACAGCCUUAAUCUCCUUGGUAGACAAAAAAUCUGGAGAAAAAAGUAAGACACGGCCCCGCUUCGUGAAACAAGAUCAAGUGUGCAUUGCCCGUUUAAGGACAGCAGGAACUAUCUGCCUUGAGACAUUCAAAGAUUUUCCUCAGAUGGGUCGUUUUACUUUAAGAGAUGAGGGUAAGACCAUUGCAAUUGGAAAAGUUCUGAAACUGGUUCCGGAGAAGGACUGAACAGCUUUCUUGAUAUCUUUGCACAAUACUGUGAGAAUUGACACCACCUUCUCUUAUUUACUGGCCAUUGAUAGACUUUUCUCCAUAUUUUGCAAAGAAAAUUUUCACAGCAAAAAUUCGUGUUUUGUCAGCUUUCUCAUGUUGAGAUCUCAGUUAUGUUUCACUGAUGAACUUACCCACAAAUUUCCUCUUCCAAUACCAUUCUGCUUCCGUGGACAGAAUCAGUAAUAGCUUUGUAAGUGAUGUGGAUGUAAUUGUGUAUAACAAUGAAAAAUUAAUAUAUUUUUUAAUUUUUCAUUUUCCAUUAGGAUAUUUAGACAACCCUUGUUCACGCAGACCAGUCAGAGUGUGUCAGUGUGUGUGUAUAUGUUAAAAAGACAAGUAAUAUGUGAAUAAAAUACUCCAUUUGAAA